AUGAUCUUGGUCUUCAGUCGUUCUUUUGCAGAGAUUAGCGAAAUGCAACGCCUCUUACUCGGACUGGUGCUGGUGGGAGUAGUGUCAUCACAGAAUUAUCUUGAUGAAGAUGAUAGUGCAGCAACCAACUGCCCCUGUGGCUGGGGGGUUAAGGGAAGAAUCGUAGGAGGUAGAGAGUCAAGAGCAAAUGCAUAUCCUUUCAUGGCGGCUCUUACCUUCACCGAUGGGCAACCCUUCUGCGGGGCCACUAUCCUUACCAGGAGACAUGCCAUUACCGCAGCGCAUUGCACAGCCGACAUCAAAGACAAGAUCAAAGAAUUGCGCCUACUGGUAGGAGCUCACGAUAUCAGGAACGCUGUAAGAGACCAGUACAUUCCCGUAGCGAGGACGAUCGAACACCCCAACUACGAUGCCGAAGAUAAUGAAGCCCACGACAUAGCCAUGAUUGUGCUCGACAGAAAUCUCAUUUACAGGAACGAUGUAGGACCAGCCUGUUUGCCGAACAGGCGGGUCAACUUGGAAAACAGUCACCUAUUAGUAGCAGGUUGGGGACUUACAAAACAUGAAGGGCGGACUUCUAAGGUUCUAAGAGAAGUUAUUCUAAGAGUUAUUCCCUGGGCUACUUGCCACAGAUUUUAUCCCGGUGAGCUCCAAAUACCUAGAACUCAAAUCUGUACUUACGAGAAGAACAAAGAUUCCUGCCAGGGCGACUCUGGUGGUCCUCUCAUCGCCGUAGACCCUAAAAUAUCCAAGUUCGUCAUAGUAGCAACGGUCUCCUUCGGCAGAGAUUGUGCUUCAGAGAACCCCGCUGUCAACACCGACAUUGGCCAUUACCUCAACUGGAUAAAGAGUGUUGUAAAGGAAACAAGCAAUGGAUCUAUGGAAACUUGCUCCAGGAUAUCGUAG